AGACACAUUUGAAUGAGCGCAGAAGAAGCAGCUCCAUCUCUCGCACGCAGGCUGCAGGAAACAGAGCAGGCAUGUCACUUUACUGUGUUUUAAAUCAUGGAAAUUUUCGGGAGCACGUUUGAUGAGUCUGUAUUUGGGGAGUCGCGAAACAGGGAGCUAUCUACAGACCUUCCCUCGUACACACCAAAAAGCUGCGAGCCAGAGUGGUUUUGUCUCUGUGAAAAAUUCGAAGAUGAGCUGGAAGAACAGAAGGCUCUAAAGUUCCGGGCGGAUCUGAAAUACAGUAAAAAACAGUACCAGGAAGCUAUAGAGGACUACACAGCAUGCCUUCUUUUGGUGCCUAAUAACAACCUGUCUUUGAAAAGAGAUAUGUUGGAGGGAAUCGCACGGUGCUACAGUCAUCUGGGAAAGAUCAGACAAUCCCUGGAGAUUUGUGAGAAACUGAGGAACGAGGUGACCAACACGUGCCACCUGACCUGCGUCUUACAGCUGGAACAGAGCAUCCACGAGGGCUGUGGAGACGUGACGAGCAGCAUCUGUACUCUAAAGCAGCUUUGCUCUGUUCAUCCUUUUAACCCUUGGUACUGGCUGAACCUGGCCACCAGCUACCAAAACCUGCUGGAGGCAUCCACCUCUCUCGAGGAGUCGAAAGAUACAUUAGACACACCUCAGGCCUUCAUUCAGCAGAAGCUGGAGGAGAAGGAGGCACGGCUGAAGGCCUGCAUGUGUUUUAUUAGAACAAGGCUGCUGAUUGAAAUACUGAAGAUUCAGCAGUUCUCGUUUGUCCUGGAAAAGAGCAAGAAAACACUUCAGGCCAUUGAGGCGUCCCUGCAGAAGAUGCAGCUUAAAGAGGAAACACUUCAAGUCAUUACCAAGGUCAUGGCUGAAGAUCUGAUCCCAGAGAAGAUGCGUGAAGAGAACCACGAUGGUGAGGGUUUAUCAGGUCUUAUCAUUAAGGACUUUGAGGAAAGGUGGUGGAAAAAACUACAUGCCUGCCUGCUGAUGAAAGAGAAUAGAGUUUUAGAGAAGGAGAAGGAAAUGGAGAUGGGGUGAACAUAAAGAGCAACGAUUUUAAUGUAAAAAUGGAUUUAAAUGUGUGUGUAGAAUGGUGUAGGUUUUAAUGAUUUCAUUGUUCUGAAGAAUGUUUGAGGAUUUUUUACAAAUAAAGAUUUUAAACUGGUUGUUAUAUAA